AUGAAUUUAGUGCUCUCCAGAUUCUUGGCAUACCUUCACGUCGGGCUCCAGGUCGCGCUCCAGAUGUUUAUUUACCCUUGUCAUCUGCAUCCCCAGCCCUGUCACAUCCUGGCACGCAUUGGGCACACAGUGCGCUUGGGUGCGCUCCUGCCGACCCGCCAGCAGUCCAGGAUACAGGGCGCCCUCAACCGCGCCCUGGUCCACCUCCGGCAAAGUGGGAACAACUUCUUGCCGUACAAUCUGAGCUUGGAAGUAUUGUCCCGAGAGCCGCUCAAUGGAGACCCGGAGUCCAUGUUCAGGUGUGUGUGUCAGGAUAUCGUUGUUCAGGGAGUCUCGGCUGUGCUUGCGUUCCCUCAGAACCACGAGGAGCUCAUACAAGUGGAGUUCAUGUCCUCGUUUUUGGAAAUACCUUUCAUCAGCAUCAUUGAACAGGGCGAACCUCUUAAGACACAGAACCGCUUCCAUUUACAGAUGAUGACACAUACGCCCCCUUCAGGACUAUCGGAGCUGCUGUUGGCAGUGUUGCUAAAGGGAGGCUGGCAGGGUGGAGCGGCCAUUCUUUGUCUGGGAGGUGGGAACACGGAAAUGCUGGAAGAGCUUGAAGAGCGCGGCCAUCUGGGCUUGAAUGGAGCCCACUGGCACCUGUGGGAGACCCUAAACCUGUCCAGACUGGAGGAAAACUUGAGCGAGGACAAGGUGAUGGAGCUCCUCUCGCAGCUCCUCGGCAGGACUCCUUCUGCUCCGGCGUCUUCUGUGGUGCUUUUCGGCUCCGACCCUGAAUGUACAGCCAGAGUGCUGCACAGCGCCCACCAGUUGAGCAUUGCGUUGCCCCCCGUGCAUUGGAUCAUGGGAUAUCCACUUAGUCUGGAUUCUCUACACUCCAUUGGCUCUCCCCUGGGUCUUCUGGCUUAUGGGGAAGUGAAUCGCAAACCUCUGAACUUCUACAUUAGAGAUACCCUGCAGCUCAUUGGCAGGGCUGUAUAUGCUGCGACCAUGGUGAGACCAGACCUGGCUCUCAUCCAGAACAUGGUGAACUGCUUCGACAAGCCCAAUAAACAUGAGUUGCCCUCCUCUGGACAAUACCUUGCCAGGUUCUUGUCGAACACUUCUUUCAUGGGGCUGACAGGCCCGGUGCGAGUGCAGCGCUCCCUCUCCAGGGUCCUUACCUCCCAGCGCUUCCACAUAUGGAGUCUACAGCGAGACCCUCUGGGCCAGCCAAGUUGGGUGACCAUGGCAAGCUGGCAGUCAGGCCGUCUGGAAUUGGAAGAACAGGGCCUGUGGCCAGGCAUGGCCCAACACCACCGGGAGGACGGCCCAGAGAUCAGGCCCAGCGGCCGCUGGCAAGCAGGACUCCCAGUGGUGGGGAGCAGAUUGCGGGUCGUGACAUUGGUCGAGCAUCCAUUUGUGUUCACACGGGAGGUGGAUGAGGAGGGCCAAUGUCCGGCCGGUCAACUGUGCCUUGACCCUCAAACCAACAGCUCAGAAGUCCUCAACCAGCUGUUCAGAGAGCUGGAGCAAACCAACAGCAGUUCAUUGCCAAAUGACAUGCGGAAAUGCUGCUAUGGAUACUGCAUCGACCUGCUGGAGAAGUUAGGUGAGGACAUGCACUUCCAGUUUGACCUUUACAUCGUAGGCGAUGGAAAGUACGGGGCAUGGAAAGGAGGAAGAUGGACUGGGUUGGUGGGCGACCUGCUCAGUGGCAGGGCGGAUAUGGCCGUCACCAGCUUUAGCAUCAACUCUGCUCGAAGCCGAGUGAUAGACUUCACCAGCCCCUUUUUCUCCACCAGUCUGGGGAUCUUGGUGCGCAGCAAGGACACGGCUGCACCCAUCGGUGCCUUCAUGUGGCCGCUUCACUGGUCCAUGUGGGUGGGCAUCUUUGUGGCACUGCAUAUCACUGCUCUUUUCAUCACCCUUUACGAAUGGAACAGUCCGUUUGGCAUGACUCCGCACGGACGCAACCGCAUCAGGGUCUUUUCUUAUUCGUCUGCCCUGAACCUCUGCUACGCCAUCCUGUUUGGCCGGACCGUUGCCAGUAAAACUCCGAAGUGCUGGACGGGCCGCUUCCUCAUGAACCUUUGGGCCAUAUUUUGCCUGCUGGUUCUGUCCAGUUACACAGCCAACCUAGCAGCUGUCAUGGUGGGGGAGAAGACCUUUGAGGAGGUGUCAGGGAUUCAUGAUGUCAAGCUCCAUCACCCGUCUCUGGGGUUUCGCUUCGGCACAGUUCGAGAGAGCAGUGCUGAGGACUAUGUGAAAAAGAGCUUUCCUGAGAUGCACGAGUACAUGAGGCGCUUCAACAAGCCCACCACUCCGGAUGGAGUCUCUACACUCAAAAAUCCUUCUGUUCCAUUCACAGGAGACACCUUGCAUGGUUAUGGGAUCGGGCUGCCCCAGAACUCCCCUCUCACUCGCAAUGUGUCUGAAUAUGUCAGCCGCUACAAGUCUGAAGGUUACAUGGACAUACUGCACGACAAGUGGUAUAAAGUGGUUCCCUGUGGAAAGAGGGUUUUUGCUGUGACAGAGACUCUGCAGAUGGGUAUCCAGCAUUUCUCGGGGCUGUUCGUGCUGUUGUGUGUGGGGGUGGCAGGUGCUUUACUCACUCUGCUGGGAGAGCACACUUUCUUCAGAUUCAUCCUGCCUCACCUGCGCCACCAGCAGAGAUUCAAAUACUGGCUCCACACCAGUCAGAAAAUCCACCGUGCAUUAAAUAUGGGUUGUGAUGAUGAGAGGAAAUCAGAGUUUGAGAGUAGUGACAGAUGUCCCACCUUGUGCCUGUCAGAGAACUGUAAUCUCCACCGCCUGCCACCCUCCACUUCUUCUCCUCCGCCUCCCACCUCCUCGACUUCCCCUUCCACUUCUACAACCAAGUGGAACAAUCAGAGCGCCAAGGUCGGUCGAGAGGCCAAAGAGCAUAACAAGCGUGUCCACUUCAACUUGGAGACUCUCAACAGCUACCAACUCCAAGCUCUGCCCACUGGGCCAGAAAGGGGCAGGCGGGGGUUGGUGGGAAGUCCGCCCACCCAGUUGUGUUCCAACGGCGGUCCUAAUCUCAGUCUGAGCCUGGUUCUCUCACCCCCGGCCUGUUCUGGACUCUCAACACCAUGGGAAGAGGAGCUGCGGGAGCUUCAAGGGAGGAUCGAGGAGUUUCGAGGCCAGCUCAGAGCCGCCCUGGCCAGGCGAGCCGAGCUCCAGCGGACCCUGGCCAGACAACAGCUCGGUCAAUCUCAAAUAAACUCAGCAUCUAAUCUCACCACCACAACUACCACCACCAACACCCUGACCAAAGACAUCAACAAGGGGAGGUGAUGUUUGGUACGUGGCAGGAGACUCACAAAGGCAGUGGGUAUGAGGGGAUAAGGGACAUCCUCUCAUCUGAGAAGUCACACCACGCUGUUUUCUGCCUUCUCCUUUCUCAAUGACUGCUGGAGUGCUGUAGUGAUGGAUGAAACACUCUGUGAUGGAGAUUCAUCUUGUAAUCCUGCAGUCUGGCUGGCUUCCAGCUCCAGAGAGAAAGCAUUU